CACAGCCAUCCGGCAAGAUGGUCCCCUUGCUUUGUCUCCCCUGACCGGAGUUGGUUCUGUAUUCUGUGGCUAUUCUUGCUUCUGUACCACCGAAAAUCUGCUAAUUGGACCGAGCUGGGUCACCUGUACCUAAAUCUAAACGUCUGUCUGUCUGUCGAGGAAUGACGACGAUAAAAAGCAGGCCUGGGAGUACUGAGUGGUAGCACAACACAGCUCGUAGCGAUCUAAUCAGCACAUUAUGAUGACGCAAAACGGCACAAUAAACAGCGGUGCCUCUUCCUGAGGAGUGACAUGCUCCCGAUACAUGCACUGAAAAGCAUGCAGGUAAAAUGAGUCUGGCCUCUUCUGAAUCACACCUUGACCAAAUGUCAGAAAAAGCAGAUGAGCCUGGUAGCUCAACAGAAACAAUGAAGCCCUCCUCUUCUCGCAACAAGAGGAAGUCCACUACUGUAGCUAAGCACACUGGACUAAAUGAAUCCGACACCUCAGCAGAGAGUGAAAAUGAAGGCGCCACCUCUGACGACCCCUCAGACAAUAACACAAGCAGCAAAUCUAAAGGCACUUUAGUGAUGAGGCCAGCUGGGAAUGAAAAUAAAGGCGCCAUGAAGCUCAGAGUGGAUUUUAAACAGAAACAUACAGAUGAUACCCUGCAGAAGAAAGUAAACUGCACUGCCUGUGGAAAACAAGUAAACCAGUUUCAGCGCAACUCUGUGUACGAGCAUCCUGCACUCAAAGUACUUAUUUGCAAGUCAUGCUACAAGUAUUACACAAGUGAUGACAUCAACAGAGACUCUGAUGGGAUGGAUGAACAGUGCAGGUGGUGUGCUGAAGGUGGCAAGCUCAUUUGCUGUGACUACUGCAACAACGCCUUCUGCAAGAAAUGCAUCCUACGUAAUCUGGGCAGGAAGGAGCUUUCACUCAUCACUGAUGAGAACUCAAAGUGGCACUGCUAUGUCUGCAGGUCAGAACCCCUCCAGGAUCUAGUCUCCAAAUGCCACCGCAUCAUGGAAAAACAAGAACAGCAACUCAAGCAACGGACAGCGGACAAAAGAGAGGAACGUGAAAGCAAGAGACACAAGAGCAAACCAGUCAAAGAGCACAAAGUAGUAGUCAAUGGGAAAGAACAUACCGAAGGCUCAGGGACCAUGACAUUCUCCUACAAAAAACUGCAGGUACCCAAAGAACUUAUAAAGAAAACAAAAAAACUUGUUGAAACAACAACUGGUCUGAACAACACAUUCAUCCAGUUCAUACAGCAGGCAGCCGAGGAGCAGGGGGAGAAGUCUAUCAGGUAUCGGCAUUUGAAAGCCUUCAAGGCCGUGCUUGCUGAUUUGAAAAAGGCCCACAGUGCUUUGGAGGAGGCUUUGGAGCCCGAAUUCAAAAACAUGGAGCUGCAGAAUGGUAACGAAGGACAGCAUAUUGUGAGAAAGAGCACUAAUGUUGUGGCCCUGGUAGAAAACGACCAUGUGGAUAAUACGGUGGUUGCGGUUGAGAAGGUUGAAGCAGCAGAGGAGGCUGAUGCUGGAGAGGAGCAUGACGUAGCUGAGGAGGAUGACGUAGUGGAGGAUGCUGACAUAGCCGAGGAGGAUGAUGCAGCUGAGGAGGAUGACGUAGCUGACGAAGCUGACAUAGCUGAGGAGGCUAAUGCAGCAGAGGAGGCUGACGUAGCAGAGGAGACCAACGAGGAGCAGCAUAAUGAGCAGGAAGUGGACAAUGAUCAAGUGUCAGAUAAGACUCAAGUGAAAGAUAGCCAAACAGAAAUUGAUCCAACCAAAAAGAUAAUUAAAACUGAAGUAUGUGAUGAUGCACUAGUGUCGGCUGGUGAGCUGUCCCUAGAUCAUGACAUUAUGUCUGUGCCUCCUUCUGUUCCCGAAGAGCUUUUUCAGAUGGUAGAGAGUCUUGCAGACUCCACCAUGCUCUCGCAGACUGACACAGAUUUAGUCACAGAUGCUGAUACAAAGUCGAUUGGAAAAAUGACAGACUCUCAACCCAGCCAGCCCAAGGUGAAGAACCUCAUAGUUAAACUGACUCCUGUGCCAGUUGUGACGACACGAGGGUCAAGGUCCUUCAGGUCCAAAAACAAAGAAAAAGAUGGAGAGGCGCAAGAAAAGAGUGAAGAAAAAUGCAUGGAGGGAAAAGACAACGCUUCUGAUGCUGCAGCAGGGACAGAGAGCCCACCACCAGGCCGUCGCUCGAGCAGACAGAAGACCACUCCCCUGAGGAAGCAGGCUGAGAAUCAGGACAAGGAGGAGUCCUCUGAGUCAGAGUCUGAGAAAGAUGGUCAAAAUCAGGCGAAAUCCUCCAAGAAUACUAAAAAAGAGGAUGGGGAGGAGACCAAGGAUUCAGAGAAAAAGAUGGAUGACUCUGACUCGAAAGAAGAGAAAGCUGCAGAAGGCCACAGCGCAGACGAGGAACGUGGAAGCACAAAUGCUAAAAACAACACAUCCAAAAAGGAGACAGGCAAAGCGUCCAAACGCAAAAGGAAGUCUGAAAGCUCCUAUUCAGAGUUGGAGAACAAAAGUAAGAAGACACCCAAGAAGAAGAAACAGAAUGACUCAGACUCUGGCCCCAGAGCAGCCGCCAAGCUGCAGUCUUCCUCCAGCGAGGAUGAGGAGGAGCAGCAGGCUGAAGAGGACUCUGGAGAGGACAGUGACGAGCAAAAGAUCAAACCCAUUGUGGAGGAUAACUUGGUGGGAAGUAGUGGCCCUUUUCAUCAAUCCUCAGGAGACAAAGAAGACGAUAAAGAGAAAGUCUCUCAGCUUUGUGAAGAUGUUGACGAUGAUCCUGAAAAAAGAUUUGCAAAGAAAACGCCUCUCUUGUCAGGAGAGGAGGCGGCAGCCAGCAAAGAGAAGAGGAAUGAGGGGGCCGAGACGAACAAAGUGUCCAGCAAUGAAUCCUCAGACUCCGUCUCUGAGAAGUUAGAGUCUACAGCAGGUUUGGGGAUAAGCGAGGAGCUCUGUGAAUCAGAGACCGAGGGGAAGCAUCCAAAGACCAGAUCUGCGAUGAAGACAGACAAGGAGAAAAAGAGAAGUUACAAUCAGAAGAGGAAACGGCAAAGGAUCAAAGUUCAAGACUCUUCUUCCAGCAAUGAGAAGAGUGGAGAGGGAGAUGAUGACGACGGAGACGAAGAAGGGCGGAAAGGACGCAAGAAGAUCCGCAAAAUCCUGAAGGACGACAAGCUGCGGACAGAGACGAGAGAUGCUUUGAAAGAAGAAGAGGAGAGGAGAAAACGUAUAGCUGAGAGAGAGGCACUCAGGAAGAAACUUCGAGAGGUGAUUAUGGUGGAGGAAUCUUCCCAGAUUACGUGUCCCAUUACGACCAAGCUAGUGCUGGACGAGGAUGAAGAGACCAAGGAGCCGCUGGUGCAGGUGCACAGGAACCUUGUCACAAAGCUCAAACCUCACCAGGUGGAUGGGGUACAGUUCAUGUGGGACUGCUGCUGUGAGUCUGUGAGGAAGAUCAAGAAGUCCUCUGGCUCGGGCUGCAUCCUUGCCCACUGCAUGGGUCUGGGGAAAACUCUGCAGGUGGUGACAUUACUUCACACCUUGCUGCUUUGUGAGAGGCUUGACUUCUCUACAGCACUUGUAGUUUGUCCCCUGAACACUGUCCUUAAUUGGCUCAAUGAGUUUGAGAAGUGGCAAGAAGGAAUGAAGGAUGAUGAGAGUUUAGAGGUGACGGAGCUGGCCACAGUAAAGAGGCCACAGGAGCGAGCAUACGCCCUCCAGCAAUGGCAAGAAUCGGGUGGUGUAAUGAUUAUUGGCUAUGAGAUGUACCGAAACCUGACGCAGGGCAGGAACAUCAAGAGCAAGAAGCUCAAAGAGACCUUUCAGAAGACACUAGUAGAUCCAGGUCCAGAUUUGGUAAUCUGUGAUGAAGGUCACAUCCUGAAGAACGAGGCGUCUGCUGUGUCCAAAGCAAUGAACUCCAUCAGGACGAGGAGGAGGGUUGUGCUGACUGGAACGCCUCUGCAAAACAACCUUGUUGAAUACCACUGCAUGGUGAACUUCAUCAAGGAGAACCUACUGGGGUCAAUUAAAGAGUUCAGGAACCGCUUCAUUAACCCCAUUCAGAACGGUCAGUGCGCAGACUCCACACUACAGGAUGUCCGGAUUAUGAAGAAGAGAGCUCACAUCCUCUAUGAGAUGCUGGCCGGCUGCGUCCAGAGGAAAGAUUACACGGCUCUCACCAAGUUCCUGCCUCCCAAACAUGAAUACGUGUUGUCUGUCAGAGUCACUCCGAUCCAGUGUAAACUCUACAGAUACUACCUGGAGCACUUCACAGGUGUGGGGAAUGCUUUGGAGGGGGGCCGGGGCCGCACAGGGACCAGACUCUUCCAGGAUUUCCAGAUGCUCAGCAGAAUCUGGACCCAUCCCUGGUGCCUUCAGCUGGACUACAUCAGUAAAGAAAACAGGGGUUUCUUUGACGAGGACAGCAUGGACGAGUUCAUCGCUUCAGAAACAGACGAAUCAUCCAUGAGUAUGACCUCUGAGGAUGAGAAGUCCAAAAAGAAAAAGAAGCAAGGAAAGGGAAAAAAGAGAGGUUCUGAUGACUCGGACAGUGAUGAUGUGGAGGUCAUCAAGGAGUGGAACACCAGCUCGCGGGGCAAAAAUGGAGAGGGUCGAAACAGACCAGAGCCUGUGGAAGAACCUCGGGCCACUAGCUCGGCACCAGGGAGUCCCACCCCUGACUGGCACAAGGAGUUCGUCACUGAGCCUGACGCCGAGAUCCUGGAGCAUUCAGGAAAAAUGAUGCUCCUCUUUGAGAUCCUGCGAAUGGCAGAGGAAGUAGAUGAAAAAGUGUUGGUGUUCAGUCAGUCUCUCAUCUCUCUUGACCUGAUCGAGGAUUUCCUGGAGUUGUCUUGCAGAGCUAAAGAUGAAGAAAAAAUCUCUCCAUACAAAGGUGAAGGCAAGUGGUACAGGAACAUUGACUACUAUCGCCUUGAUGGCUCCACUAAUGCUACAACCAGGAAGAAGUGGGCUGAAGAGUUUAAUGACACCAGUAACACAAGAGGUCGUUUGUUCCUCAUUUCAACACGAGCUGGCUCACUUGGCAUCAAUCUGGUGGCAGCCAACAGAGUCAUCAUCUUUGACGCCUCCUGGAACCCCUCCUACGACGUCCAGAGUAUCUUCAGGGUGUAUCGCUUUGGCCAGAUCAGGACUGUGUAUGUGUACAGGUUCCUGGCCCAGGGUACGAUGGAGGAGAAGAUUUAUGACCGCCAGGUAACCAAACAGUCUCUGUCAUUCCGGGUGGUGGACCAGCAGCAGAUUGAGAGGCACUUUACAACAAACGAGUUAGCAGAGCUCUACACCUUUGAGCCGGACUUGCUGGAUGAUCCCUCAGAAAAGAAGAGCAAGAAGGCCACGCCCUUGCUUCCUAAGGAUCCCUUUUUGGCUGAGAUGCUGCAAAACAAUAAGGACCAGAUCGUGUGCUACCACGAACACGACUCCCUGCUGGACCAUAAGGAGGAGGAAGCCCUGAGUGAGGAGGAUCGCAAGGCUGCCUGGGCCGAGUAUGAAGCAGAGAAAAAGGGUUUGUCCACAAGGACCAACUACCAGGCAGGAUACCUCCAAAGUAACAUGGGCUCUAACUACUUCAGCUUCAACAUGGCAGCUUUGGCCUCCAUGACCAACCAGCAGCUGGAGGAGCUCAUAAACCAGGGACGACAGAAAGUCAUUGAGGCAACAAAUGCAUUGAAGAGUUUAGCACGAGAGUCACUGGAAGAUACUAUCGCCAGAGUGUGGAAGGAGAACCCUUCACUCACGGAGAGUCAGGUCCAGGCCAUGGCUCUGGGACGACAAGCCAGUGUGGAGCUGGAGAUCAAGCGCAGGGAAGUCACGUACAGGGAUGUUCUCACCAGGCAGCAGACGCUGAUGAUGUACGUGCAGAAGCUGAUCACCAACAGGAAGGUGCAGGAGCAGCAGCUGGCCAUGGCGAACCAGGCCACCUACCUGAACCAGCUGGCCAUGCAGAACGGCAUGAUGGGAGGCAGCGGGCUCAGCCAGAUGGACCUGCUGGGGCUUUACCAGCAGCUCCACGGCCUGGGCAAGAACCCCGGGCCCUCAAAGGGCCUGUAGGGCAGAGGGAAUCUGUCUCAUCCUCCCCACCCCCACUCAGCUAACCGGCUCCCAGUGGGCCAGUCCCAGCAAGGCCCAGUUCUCUGUAACAAACGCACUGUGACACCACCAGUCAGAGCUCAAAGCAUCUGGUGCACCAGGCAGAGGGUGGAGUAGUUUUGAGACUAGGCUGCUGUCCACUGGGGCCUCAAGUGGGAUAGACUCUCAGUUCUUUAUUCUGUAGUUCACUGAGAGAAGGUGGAAUAUAGUGUAUAAAUGACUGUGUGAAAGGGGUCUAGGUAUUUCAACAACAACAAAAAUGUAUAUACCGCCUUAAUGUUAUUCAAGUUCUAUAUCUUCAUUUUUCAUGUAUUUAAAGACAGAUUUUACCCCCAAAGCAUUGUAUUGUUUUCUCUUAAAAGAGGGUUCCCUUAUUAUUUAAACUCAGUUUUUUAUACUGUUUUAAAUGCAUAACUAAACCUGACUGGGACCAGUGUCGUUGGUGACAGGACUCUGAUGUAAAGCUCUUCAUGAUUAUUAGCCCCAGUAGGUUCCUUCACCAAUAUAUAGCAAAGCAGACAGUCCAGGGUGCUGCUUAAUCCUGCUCUUUUUGGGAGACAAGAAAUUGAUAAGUCAACAAAAACGUUUAAAAAAAUGGCCUUAUAUUAAUUUCCUAAAAAAAAAAAAAAAAAAAACGCUCUGUAAAGUUCUGAGAUUUGAGAUUUGUUGAGAGUCUUUUCUAUAUGCUUUUAAGUGUUUACAUUAGUUGUCGCUGAACAUGGUAAUGGAAUGCUUGUGUUGUUCAAAACUGCCUGCCGGUUCCUAUGACCUUUUUUUGUAACAUCAUCCUCAUUGUCACGUGUUGUCUAGCAUAGCACUGUGCGUCCUGUCCAUUGUUUAUGUUACAUGUGGGUAAGUGACUGGGUCUCACAAAGCACAGCCAGCUCAGCGGGAUAUCACAGGGCCCAAAACGUCUUAUUUUACUCAUCUGUCAAAGGUGUUUUCAGUGGAUUUGACGGAAAAGAGUAAAAAAAGAAAAUCUUUUUCUAUAUCUGGCUGAUUUGUGUCCUCUGCUUUGUGAGAAGUGCCUUCUGGACACUUGUCUCACCAGGCAGGCCCCCCAGUCUACCUGUAUUCUACUUUGGCACAUUUUUUGCUUCUAAAUGCUUAUGCUGGUGUAGCUGUUAAUCAAGAGGAAUACUGUUCAUUUCUCACAGAGACACCUGUUGUCUCUAGUUGGCUCCUGUGUCUGCACAAGGUGUAUUUCAUAAAUGUAGAGAAACUUUUUUGCCCUCCUCUAAGAAUGUUCUUAUGUUUGCAAAUACACCAACAUGAUUUGCCAUGAAUCUGAACUGCUAUUAUCUUGAUAAGUAUUUAAUAUAACAUUUAAUAAAGUGACCAAAAGGAUGAGCAA